AUGUCAUCUCCUUCAAGCGAAUCCUGUUGCCUCGUCGUUGUCACCGCCACUUUCUGGUUCGCUUCCCUCUCCGACAUCGUCUGGGACCGCAUUUCUCCCCCGGACUACCUCUCCAUUCUCUCCCGAGCCACCAACGAUGACAAAGGCUUCAAUUCUGACUUGGCCUCCAACAAGGAUCUCUUCCUCCGCCUAUGCCAACACCCCGGUAAUAUGGUGAGAUGCAAGCUCAUGUAA